AUGGUUCGGAUGCCGGGUGCGGCCGGGCGAGCUCUGCGGAAAGCCGGACCUCUGUGGCCCAGCCGCAGCCACUGCACGCUUUCAAAAGCAGUCUCAGGUGGCCGCCUGGAACGCGAUCGUGCCUUCGCGAACAGAUCCACUUUCUUCCUUUCUGUUCAAGGAGGGUGUGUGCGCUUUCGGGGAAGCCCCCGGAAAAACGAGGCGCUCCUCGAGAACAGAAAUGCCCGUUUGUGCCGAGGUCUGCGGGCUCGGCGCUCACCCCUUUCCCAGUUUGGGGAGCUUAUUGUAGUGGCUGGAGACGAGAGAAGGUUCGCAGAGCAACUGCUCUGUAGGAGGGAAGCGAAAGUUUCCGGCCGAGGGUUUGGCAGCUGCCGGGUGCCGAAGGUCGGUGCUCCCUUCUCCCCCAAGAUCUGCAUUCGAGGUGAUCGGGGGCCGCGGGUGGGCGCUGUGGGCCCACCCUGCAUCCUGGGGCCGCUCACGGAGAGCGAGCAGACCCUGCAGCGGAGGCCUGUGGCGGGGGACAAAGAGGCAGACACUCGGAGCGGGCAGAGGGCAGACGCGCACAGCCCGCGCGUCCGGGGCCUUGGCACCGCCGCGGGGGUGCGGAUCCGGCCUGGAGCACGGUCGCCGCGCACGGCUUGGCUCAACUCGCGGCGGGAGACCGGGGCCCAGACACCUCGGAGAGCGGAGAGGCGGUUUUCAUACCAUCCGCUGCGCUCAGGAAGCACCUUGGUCGGGCGCCCACCCCCUGGUGCGUCCGAGGGCCGGAUCGCGAGCCCCUCGGGGCUUCUGCCGGGCCACAGCGGCCCCCGCUUCCCUUCUUGGGCCAAUCCGCCUGGUGGCCACGGCCCCGUGGGUGGUGCCCCCGCACGGGAAGGCGAGCGCAUCCAUCCUGAAUCCUGGGACUCCGGCCCGGAUCCGCCGCGCUCGUGGGGCCAUUUCUUGGGCGGCCCGGGCUCCCUGCGGCCAGGGAAGGGGAUGCUUUUGCGGGGCACUGCUGGGGCAGCCGAAGGCGCAGGUCGCCAGCUACACUUAGGGCGCUUUCGGACGUCCGCUCCGGAAAGCUCGGCCCGCACGGCUCCCAUCUUCCCGCGCCCAGGGGCCGAAAGUCUCCACCGUAGGCGCAGCUCUCGCGCUCACCGCCACGACGCCGGUCAGUGGAGCCCUGGCGGGAGGCGGGAAAGCGCGCCGCCCCCGGCCCGCUCGAGGCCUCCUCCAGCGCGGAGACUGGAAAGCGGACCGCGACGCCUCUCGGGCGACCCUUGCGACCGCCCGGUACCAGCGUAGCCGGCCCUCAAUGGAUUGGUUGAAGCCCACUAGCAUUGGUGCGAUGAUUUCUACUA